AUGGAUGAAACAGUUCAAUCAACUAGCAGAAUUGGACGAUUUGAACGAUGCAUCAUAGGCAAAGAUGAACUUCUACUUCCUGAUAACUUGAUAGAACAGACAUUUAUCUUCAGUGAAGUAAUCAAUUCUGAAACAUGGGAAAAAGUAUUAACCCCUUCCCAACGUCAUUAUCUGAUGAAAUUCCUGCCAACAUUUCCAACAGAUGACCUAGUACAAAAACAGAUAACUGUUAAGCGGUUACUAGAUGGAGAUAAUUUCAAGUUUGGGAACCCUCUGAAAAAGUUCCAAAUGAAACUGAAAGAGGGUGCCUUCUCUUCAGAAAUCUCAAAAUAUCCACAUUUGUAUCGGAAAUUCAAAUUUCGAGAUUACAAAAUGCAGCAACAGCGAUAUUAUACCAAACUGUUAAAAGAAAUCAUUAUGUCCAGACAGCGUGUGUUUGAAAUGGUAUCCCAGUUACCCCCAGAUGAGCUUCCAAAAUUUUGCUACAACCCACCACCUCCUGCUGAUCAAAGCAUUGAACAUUUAGUAAACAGGCGAUGUCGUAGAAUUCUUAAAGAGGUUCAAGAGGAAUGCAAUGCAGAUGACACAUCAUCAGAAGAAGAGCUGGAGGAUGCUGCUCAGAAAAACCGAAAACAAUUGCUCAAGUCUUCAUAUUCUUUGCCGUCACCUGAACCUGCUGCACCGGCUGUAUUGGCCACUUACUCCACAAAACCUGUCACCAAUGGGGAGAUCACAGAUAACAACAAUAGUCAGGGUAAAAAAGUCAGGCGUUUGUCCAGUCCCAUUGAAUUCUCAGAUGAAGAUUAUAAAGCAAUGUUACGAGAUUAUAAACGACGGAAAAUGGAAAAUGCUGAUUUGCCAGAAAUGGAUAUCAAUUCCAUAACUCUCCAAGAUAUAUUAGCAAGAUGCCAAGCUGGGAAAAAACCAGUACCAAAAUCUCCUUCAAAUGUUCCAGAAAGCACUGCAUCAACCAGUCCUGCUAGUGUGAAAAAAGUAAAAAAGAAAGGAGAAAAGAUACGCAAAUUGAAAGCUGGCCGAGUAGACAGCAUUGCCAAAAGAAUGUCCAUUUCCAGUCAUGAAGAUGCAGCCAACCUUGAAAUCCCAGAAUUACUUAAUCGGGAUGAAGAAUGUGUUCCAGAUUUUCCAUUACCUGAAGCUUUACCACCCAAGCUACCAUUUGGACAGUAUGAUAAUUUUUUCAGUCUUCUAAGAGAUCUCAUUAAUGAAUUUCCUGAUUCAAAAGUAACAACUGCAAAAUUGGAAGAAAAAGUGCGUGAUUGGCAAGAGUCUCCAACAACUUCCCUUAAUCCUUGGUUAUCCCAGCAGAGUAAUUGGAUUGACAAUGUUAUACCUGCAUUGAAAUUUCUCUCUGGGGAUGUCUUAGGUUUCCAAGUUGAAAAUUUUGUUCCUUUCCUUGACUACAAAGAGCGUGCUCAGCAGUGGAAGUGGAUUGGUCAAGGACGAGAUGUUGAUGAACAGUUAGGCCAGUUGUGUAAGUACUGGCUCAGCAAUAAAGAUGAAAAACAUGCAGAUACUCAGGAAAGCAACCCAGGAAGUCCACCUCCUCCCAGGGUGAAAACAAAUUAUGUUGUAAAACCAACAACAGAUGAAGAAAAGCUCAGUUUCAAAGAGCAAGAAAGAAAGCGAUUUGAAAGUCCACAUCUUGGGUUUACUUAUCAUAUGCAUGGUUAUGACUCUGUAGUUGGUCCAGUGAAAGGAGUCUAUAGUAAAGAUAAUGCUAUGAAUAAAGCUCGGGAACAUGCAUUGCUGAUCUCUGACAGACCGUCUUAUGUCACUAUUUUAACAUUAGUCAGAGAUGCUGCUGCACGGCUUCCAAAUGGAGAAGGAACCCGAGGAGAUAUCUGUGAAUUAUUAAAAGAUUCCCAAUUCUUGGCUCCAGCCAUCACUGAUGUUCAGAUUAACACGGUAGUUAGUGGAGCUCUAGAUAGAUUACAUUAUGAAAAAGAUCCUUGUGUAAAAUAUGAUGUGAAUAGAAAAUUGUGGAUUUAUCUCCAUCGAAGUCGAACAGAAGAGGAAUUUGAAAAAAUUCAUCAAGCCCAAGGAGCAGCAGUGAAAGCCAAGAAAUCUCUUCAGAAACCCAAAUCUAGUAAAUCAAAAGCCAAAGAAGCAGUUGUCAGCAAUGCAGUUGUAUCUACUGCCCAUUCUUCAGUACCUAGCCAGGGUUCUCGCUCAGUGGCUUCUGUCAGCAUAGCAAGUACAGAGAACAAGCACAUUACAACAGAAACAGUUACAAGCACCAGCCUUGUUAGUCCUGCUAUUUCUGCAAAUCCCAAAUUGUCCACUCAGAACACUUGUGUAAUCACUGCUACAACCAGGACCUUACAAGGAAGUACCAAAUCAGGACUAGGUGGGACCAAGCCAGCUACCAUCAACCUCAGCCUUGCACAGGCACCCAGUAUAGGUGGUAGUGGAAGCACAGUAACUACAAUACCAAUAUCUGAAAUCACAAAAGCACAAACACCAGCUGCUGGUUCCCAGGUGCAUACUACCAUUUCAGCAUCACCCUCCACCCUAUCUAAGCCCUUCACAUUUGCCAUAGUGCCUUCUCAAGCCACUGGAACAAGUGGCUCCCCAACAAUUGUCAGUCAAGGACGAACAUCAACAACCAAUGCAAAACCACUGUCACUAAACCUCCUGCCUAGUCACCUUGUAACCAAAUCUGUUGUUAUAACCACAAAGCCAGAGUUGAUUCCAUUUCAACAGCACAGUAUUGCGUCCACAGGAGGCAGCAUCAAUAGCAGCAAGUCUCUUGUAGCUGGACAGACAAUCCUUAGUACAGCCAAUCGUGGCAAACCGGUGCAGUUGACUGGUAAAGCUAUGCAAACUACCAAAGGAAUCCUACAGAUUGAUGGUAAAGCUCAUCCGUCAGUUAAUGUGAUCCAAACAGCACAGGGAGGUCUUUCUACAAUCAAUAUCAUACCCCAGGGUGGAAAUGCAACAGUUGUCAGUCUCUCAGAGGCAGCACAAACAACUAAAUCAAACAGCUCAACAGUGACUGCUGACUCAGGAACAACCACAGUACUCAGUUCUGCCCUACAGUCUGCUACAGUUAUGUCUCAGUUAAAGACAGUUACUGUCACAACAACUGGGAGCACUUUACUCACCCAGCAGCCACUACAGAUGGUCAACCAACCUAAGGUUGUCUCUCCAGGCCAGGGAGGCAUUGUGGUUACCCAUCUGGCUCCUGGAAACAUCACUCUUCGGCCUGGCUUAUCUGGUGUUUCUCAAGCCAAAGUUGUCACAGCUGCUCAAGCUAGUCUGGUUCCUGCUCAGUUCAUACUCCACCAACCAGCUACAGGCAAUGUGAAAGUGGGUGGGAGUGACACUUCAGUCACUCCAACUGUCACUCAAGCUACCCCUAUCAUUGUGAGCAGCAACAGUGGUAAGCCUGCUCAGAACAUUCAGGUUGUACGGACAGUGUUGUCACAGCCCUCAAGUGUAAAACCUGGACAGACAACGAUUUUGAUCUCACAACCAGCACUGCAACAAUCUGGUACCACUGUUUUAUCAUCAGCACAAUUACUUCAAACAGCGAAGAUGCAAGGAAAAUUAGCAGGAAAAGGAAAGCCUCCUCCUGUAUAUGCACGCAUCCUCACUCCUACAGCUGGUAUGAAGUUAGCCACAGUGGCCUCUGGUCAAGCUCUCACAGCCCAGGGAGUCAGUGUCAUCCAAGCCGCUGCGGCCAGCAAACUGACCAGUUCAGCUAUCACAGCUACUUACAGGUGGAUUGCGGUCUUUCGAAGGUGGAUAAAACAAGAUGCUUCUUCUAUCUCACAUUGGAAAUUUCACUCAGGUAGUGCUAAGAAAGCUACUGCUCGUCUAUUUGGCAAUAGUCAACCAUUCACAAAGACCAACAGGCAUUUUCUGGUUUCCCGGUUUCUUAGUAGUAGCUCUGAAAAUGAUCCUUCUGGUUCCAAACCAGCAGAGAAGGGUCCUGUAAUCUCACCCACUGCAACUGCCAAAGAUAGUGGUAAAAUUGUAAAAAUAACACAAAAAAAAAAGAAAUCUAUUGACUACAGUUACACGGGAAAUGUCUUCAUUUUACCUGUGCGGGCAAUGAACGAGUUUCUUCUAACACCAAAAGAUUUGUCAGUUCUGCCAAAGUACACACGAAGAAGUCCCUAUGGAAAGGAGAUGCCUAUUUUAAUGUUUUUAAGAUCUGAUGUUGAAAAACUUGCUAUGAAGAAAUGGGCAAGCAUGAACAAUAUUGUUAAAGAAAAACAAAAGAUCAUUCAAAUGGAGAGAGCACGAUUUGGUCGAUUGGAUCUUUUCCAGUUAAAAGCUGCCAUAGAGCAACAUAAACAACAAACUGGAGAAGUGCUCAAAAAAUUUGAGUUAUCUGAGGAGCAAGAAGAGCAGCAGGAAAUACCAACUGAAAAAUUUUGGAAAUCAGGUUCUGGAAGUGUGGUUAUGUCAGCAAUAUUAAUUAAUGCAAUAAAUACAGCAGUAAAGUUUGUGGCGUGGUUAUACACAGGAUCUCAUAGUAUGUUUUCUGAAUGUAUACAUUCAUUGGCCGAUACCUUAAAUCAGAUUUUACUUGGAAUUGGCCUUUAUCACUCUACAAAGAAACCUGAUGGUGUACAUCCGUAUGGCUAUCGGAAUUUACGGCACAUAAGUUCACUUAUCAGUGGUGUGGGCAUUUUUUGUUUUGGCACCGGGCUUUCUGUUUACCAUGGAAUUCAGGGUCUUUUGCAUCCUCAACAAAUGGAAUCUCUUGGUUGGGCUAUUGCUGCCUUACUAGGUACUAUGGUUUCCGAAGGUGCCACAUUAAUUGUUGCCAUUGCUGAAGUCAGGAGAAGUUCUAGAGCAAAGAACAUGAAAUUUUGGGAAUAUGUAAACCGAGGUAAUGAUCCAAAUGUAAGUGUAGUUCUUCUGGAAGAUCUAGCAGCAGUUUUUGGUGUGAGUAUUGCUGCUUCCUGUUUGGCAGUCACUCACUACACUGGCAACCCUUUUGCAGAUGCUGUCGGGUCUCUGCUGGUAGGUGGCAUCUUAGGAAGUGUAGCCAGUUUUAUUAUCUACAGCAACACAGAAGUCUUAGUUGGAAAGUCUAUACCUUUAGAAAAGAAGGCAUUAAUUAGCCAAGAACUGGAAAAAGACCGCAUGAUCAGGUCUCUACAUGAUGUAAAAGCCACAGAAGUUGGUGGUGAAGUUCGAUUCAAGGCUGAAGUAGAUUUUGAUGGAUUGGAGAUCACAAGAGCUUAUCUUCUCAAAGUGGACCUUGAAAAUCUUUUAUCUGAAAUGCAAAACUUGAAGAAACUUGAAGAUGCUGAAAUUUUUAUGUUGCUUCAUGGAGAAAGAAUUAUAGACACCUUAGGUGAAGAAGUGGACAGAAUUGAGAAAUCAUUGAAGACCAAAUAUCCAGACCUUCGGCAUGUGGACCUUGAAGCAUUGUGA